AUGUCGAUUGCCUCUUUUGAAUCCACAGAUGUAACUGUUUACAAGAAAAAGAGGCCAAAGUUAUUGCAGAUUCUUUUGGUCAUGGGAUAUUCAAAGGAGAGAACUCCACAAGAGGGAAAUAAUGUAUCAGGAGAUUCCUACCCACUUUGCCGGCGACAUAUCGAAGGAUGGAUUGUUGUAGAGGCUGUUCGUAAUUUCAUGAACUCUAAAAAAAGGAGUUGUGCCCUGGAGACAUGUAAUUUCACUGGUAAUUAUGCCGAACUAAGAAAGCAUGCAAGGCAUGAACAUCCGUUUGAAAGGCCGUCUGAGGCUGACCCUACGCGACAGUCUGACUGGACAAGAUUGGAGCUUCAAAGGGAUUUUGGGGAUGCUUUCAGUGCAUAUCAAGCACCAUCUGAUCAUGAUGAUUCUUCUGGAGAUGACUUCCUACCAGAGCUGCCUCCUCAUGGUGGUCUAGUUGAGCUCUCUGUCUCUUUGCCGACUGGGUUCCUAUCGAUGCCUUGGGAACGGGAUGGGUCUCCAAGCUAUGCUCUCGGGGGGUACACCGUAAUCGUUUCAGAGAGUGGUUCUAGAUCAUGA